AUGUCUCAAUUUGCUCUCCCGGGUACGAGCAAACGAUACGGAAACCCAACCAGUCUCAAACCCCGGACUGGACGGCUACUGAUUCCCCUGAUGGCUACAGUUGGUCUGGGGUUCGGUGCAUACAAUUACUACGUUGAGGCCAAGUCGCGGCGGGAACGCUCUCUGCUGGAGGAACAGGAACGCCUAGCGCGAAACCAACAGUUGAUGGACGCGUACGGCGACAAGAAUAGUCUGCAUGAUGUCCAGCAUGCACUUGACACCUACAAUGUUCAAUGA